UUGGUGAUAUGGAUCUGUGUGUGACCAUCAAAGGAGUCUCCUUCCUCUUGCAAACAGGUAUGGGUAUCUUGGGGAACACUGUGGUCCUGUUGGCAUAUGCCCACAUCAUUUACACUGAACCCAAGCUCCUCCCUGUGGACAUGAUCUUGUGCCACCUGGCUUUUGCCAACCUGAUGCUGCUGCUGACCCGCUGCGUCCCCCAGACCAUGACGGUAUUUGGACUGAAGGACCUGCUGAAUGAUCCCGGCUGUAAGGUGGUGAUCUAUGCCUAUCGCAUCGGCCGGGCUUUGUCGGUCUGCAUCACCUGCAUGCUCAGUGUGUUUCAGGCAGUGACCAUCGCCCCUGCUGGGCCCCAUUUGUCGAGGCUGAAGCCUGCACUUCCCUCCCUUGUCCUGCCCACCUUUGCAGGGCUGUGGCUCCUCAACAUGGCCGUAUGCAUCGCAGCCCCUUUCUUCUCCAUGGCUCCACGUAAUGGCACUAUCCCUGCCUUUACCCUCAACCUGGGCUUCUGUCAUGUGGACUUCAGAGACAGCCUGUCCUAUGUGAUUAAUGGAGUGGCUGUCUCUGGGAGGGAUUUUGCAUUUGUUGCCUUGAUGGUGGGCUCCAGCGGUUACAUCCUGCUGCUCCUUCACCGCCACAGUCACCAGGUGAGGGGGAUCCGUCGCUCUCAGGGUGGGGCUGAGACCAGGGCUGCCAAAACAGUGGUGACCCUGGUGGUUCUCUAUGUGGUCUUCUUUGGGAUUGAUAACAUGAUCUGGAUCUACAUGCUGACAGUGGCAAAAGUGUCACCAGUGGUGGCAGAUAUGAGGGUGUUCUUUUCAUCCUGCUACGCCUCUCUCAGCCCCUACUUUAUCAUUUCCUCCAACAAGAAGGUCAAGGCGAAGAUCGUGUGUGCAGUCGAGCAAGACCAGCCAUCAGUGGACACUCAAGAGUCAAAUGACAAAUGACUGUCUCUAUCUUGACAGCUUACUGACUUGCCUGCAAGACAGCAGAGUUUUUCUCUCAGACCUUAUCAUUUUAAGCAUUUGUGCAUAGAUCACUGUUAUUUAGCUAAGAAAUGGAAUAGAGAGAAGCAGUAGAGAGUACAGCUUUGCAGUGGUGUUAUGGGGAUUUCUCUUUUUUAAAUAUACUGUAUAUUUUCAUGAAAAUUACAUUUGCAAAUAUAUUGCUGUAUGUAAUUACAAUGUGGUUUGUGCUUGUCAAUCAUAAAAAAACAAGAAUCAAUUUAUAUCUUUUUUAAGUAAUUUUUUUUUGAGAUAAUGUAUUCUCACAACAUCCUAUUGUCCCAGCUUAUAAAGUAAGAGAAUUUGCUGCUUUAAACUCAUUAUCAGUGAGUUUUGGGAUUGUUGCUCAUACAAAAGCAAUAUGAACAGGGUCGGAGAUGGCAUUUAUGACAACAAAGUCCCUAGCAUUGUUUCUAGGAAUUUAGACAUUUUAAUGUCCAAGAUAUGAGUUUAUAUUAUACAAUCUGACAUAAAUUUCGGAGUUAUGAUCAGGAAAAUGUUUUAGGCUCACUUAU